AUGGCGGCGGCGAUGGCGGCGCCCGGCGGGGACGAGGCGGGCGCGGACUCGGACGGCGGCAGCAGCAGCAGCGAGGAGCUGGUGCUCACCCCGGCACAGCUGAUCCGCAGCCUGGAGCAGGCCUGGCUCAACGAGAAAUUCGCUCCGGAGCUGCUGGAGAGCAGACCCGAGAUCGUCGAGUGUGUCGUGGAGCAGCUGGACCACAUGGAAGCAAACCUUAAGCGGGCAAAGAGAGGAGACCUGAAGGUGAGCGUGCACCGCAUGGAGAUCGAGAGGAUCCGCUUCGUGCUCAGCAGCUACUUGAGGUGUCGGCUGGUGAAGAUAGAGAAGUUUUUCCCCCACAUCCUGGAGAAGGAGAAGUCUCGAGCUGAAGGGGAGCCCUCCAUCCUGUCACCAGAGGAGUUUGCUUUUGCUAAAGAGUACAUGGCGAACACAGAGGCUUACCUGAAAAACGUGGCCCUAAAACACAUGCCACCCAACCUGCAGAAAGUGUCUCUCCUAAAAUCAGUUCCAAAGCCCAACCUGGACUCCUUUGUGUUCCUGAGGGUGCUGGAGCGGCAGGAGAACAUCCUGGUGGAGCCAGAGACGGAUGAGCAGAGGGAAUACGCCAUCGACCUGGAGGAGGGCUCCCAGCACCUGAUCCGCUACAGGACCGUGGCCCCGCUGGUGGCCUCGGGCGCCGUGCAGCUCAUCUGAGGGCAGCGACACCCUGGAAAUAGCUGUCUUUGGACAGGCACCUGAAAAGGGAUGUGCAAAGCCCUUCUGAGCCUCCCCCAUUGAAGACAACGUGAGAGGAACGUGCUCCUCUUCCUCCCGGUGCUGGUAGUUCUUCCAAGAGCACUCGCGUUUCUCUGGCACCAGGAGCCCUUCCCGUGCCGUUCCCCCCGCUGUCCCCCGCCGGGCCCGUUCCCGGUGCCGUUGCCCCCGGGGGUCUCCCCGUUCCUUGCCCGCUCCGGGGGGCGUGGCCGGGGCGUGGCCGGGCGUGGCCUCGGCGCUGAUUGGCCGAGGCGGGGUGUCCCGGGCGCGGGCGCUCCCACGGCCCCAUUGAGGCGGAGCCGCCGCGGCGGGAGCGGAGCGGAGCGCGCGGGACGCGAUGAGCUGCGGCGAGUGAGCGGGGCCGGGGCGGGCGGGGCCGGGGGGC